GCUUGUCCGAGACAGCUCCUGUGUGGAGCGCACUGUCGCGUAGCGCACUGGCUGUUCAACCAAAGGCGUCCAAUGACGUCACGCGAUCAUAAAGCUCGAAACAUCGUUCUAGCCUAGCAACGUUACAUUGAAACGUUUACACUGGUCUCUCGGAAAUUUGGAUGAACUUGGAGAAAAAAACGUUGUCUCAAAUCCCAAAAUAAAUCCAUGAGAUUUACACUGUACAUGUGAUACUUUUUAUGAAGUAGUUUGGAUGCAUUCAAUGUAACUUCAGUUAAUCUAUCUGCAUGCAAAAAUGGCUUUCCUACACACCGAAUCUCAUUCAGAAAUCAGCAAUAUGAUGUCUGAUAAUGACACCAGCCUCAUGCCCUGGAUUCUUUUAAGUGACCAGAGUCAACCAGGGAUCAUACUCACUGUGUUUGGAGCAUGUCUCUUUGGAGCUGUUGUCAGAACCCUCUUGCAGACUCUGAAGCUGCCAUAUACUGUACUAUUAGCCCUUUGUGGGAUGUUACUAGGAACACUCAGUUUCCAGUAUCCAGAGGUCAGUUAUUACACAAAGGAGAUUGCACACAUCAGCCCCAAACUGUUGAUUCACACGUUUAUGCCCGUGUUGAUAUUCAGUAGUGCCUUCGAAAUUGAAUCCCACAUCUUUUGGAAAUCUUUAAUACAGGUACUACUGCUGGCAAUACCUGGAUUUUUGCUCAGUUCUUCUAUGAUUGCAUUGCUAGUUGUGAAAGUGUAUGCUUACAACUGGGACUGGUAUGUUGGCAUGAUGUUUGGAGCCAUUGUAAGCACCAUUGACCCUUUCAUAUCAACGGCUUUGUUACGCAGUCUCGGAACAGCCAAACCCCUCAUACUUCUGAUAGAGGGAGAGUCAUUGUUCAGUGAUGGCGCCUCUAUCAUUACAUUUGAUGCAUUCAAAGACCUUGCCACUGAUCUUAGUCAUUUUGAAGCAACAACUUUCACCAUCAAGCUGAUAUUGAAAGUCUUCGGGAGCCCUCUGUUAGGGUUCAUCAUGUCUAAAAUCAUUAUGUUUUGGCUGUCCUACAUCUUCAACGAUGGACUGAUUGAAAUAACCAUCAGCCUGGCAAUGACGUACAUCACAUUUUACUUCGCUGAAUGGCUAGGCAUGUCUGGGGUCAUAGCUGUCCUCAUUAUGGGGCUUCUCUUGGACACUGUCAACUUCAGCCCGGAAAUUGAAGUGUUUCUUUUACGGUUCUGGGAGAUGCUGACCUAUUUGGCCAACACCUUAAUUUUCUUCAUUGUUGGUAUUGUGGUAGCCAGAGCAUUUCAACACGUGGGAGUCAACGAUUUUUUCAACAUUGUAGUGCUCUACUUUGCUAUGUACAUCAUAAGACUUGUGACUGUUAUUGCACUGUCACCCUUUCUGGUACGCACUGGCUAUGGCUUCAGCUGGCGGUGGGCAGCAGUCUGUGUCUGGGGCGGGACCAAAGGGGCCUUUUGUCUAAGUCUUACACUCAUGGCUUUUCAGUCAGAUGAUUUAGAUGAAGAGCAAGUGAGAGAAAAGAUUUUGGUCCUGUCUUCUGGAAUGGUGGUCCUAACACUUCUUAUCAAUGCAUCAUCGAUGACUUGGUUCCUUAGACUAUUAGGCCUGUAUGAUGUGUCUGUACCCAGGCGCAUGGCCAUGUAUAGUGCGGUGCAGCGGGUGCGGGAGAGCUCGCAGAACACUUUCAGUUUGUUGAAGAUUGACAGGUUUUUAGCAGAUGCUAACUGGGAAAUGGCAGAGCAGAGAGUCCUCAUAGAGGACCCCUAUAAAACACCCAAUGAAAAGGUUAGCAUUGAAGAGUUCUCUCCCACAGCCAGGAUGACUAAGUGCCCAGACUGUGAUAGGGACAUUCCCUAUACACCAUCACCACAGGAGCUGGAGGACAUGAUGGAGGAGGCUCGCAUGCGCAUCCUGAAGGCUCAGAAGACAAGCUACUGGAAGCAGUACAGCGCUGGAAUGCUGAACCGAGAGGCAGCCAGGACUCUGAUCAAUACAGCUGAGAACAUGACAGACCACAAGGGAAAGUUCAUGAGUGUUCAGGAUGUCAAGAAAUACUGGGAGCUGAAAGGGUUUUUUGUGUCUCUUCGGAGGAGUCUAGAGGACUGGCUGUACAAUGUCAAGCUUGAUAAACUUAAACCAUCAAGGAAUGCGAUGCUCAAGCGGUGCUACCAGGUUGUCUUCAGCCUCCCCUUUGAGUAUUUCAUCUACGCAUUGAUUGUCCUCAACAUCUUCCCCAUCAUCCUGGAGUUCAUCCCAGCGAUCAGUGACAAACAUAACCUAGAACUCAGUAUUAUCAACUACAUUUUCUUCAGCGGCUAUCUUGUGGAGGCUAUACUGAAGGCUUUGGCCAUGAGGAAGGCCUAUAUCUUCAAUCACUGGAACCAGUUUGACCUCUUCAUUAUCGUCUUGGCUUGUGUUGACAUAUUCCUGGACCAUUAUUUAGAAACCACAGCAUAUGUUGUCAAUAUUCACAUGAUAAAAAUUGUGAAGGUGUCUAAAAUGAUCCGCCUUACCAGGGCACUUCGUUUGGUGAAGAUCAUCAUUCCCAAGCUCAUAGAAAUCAUAAACCGGCAGAUCCAUAAGCAGCUCAGCUUUGGGUAUGACAUCGGGAAAGGCUAUGUCAUCGGAGAGGAGCACAUAAGCAAGAUCAUUGACCAUAUCUCUGAUGACAAAAGCAUAUCUAAGAAAUUGAAAAUAAUACUGGAGAGAAACUGCCAGCAGGCUGUCAGGGAGAUUGGCUUGCUGCAGAGAGACCAUCCUGAGAUUGCCAUCUCGGUGAAGACCAGACAGGCCAUACGAGCCGUGCUGAACAGUGAGAGAGACGCCAUCCAUACACUCGUGUCCGGGGGGCUCUUAGAUGACAUAGAAGCAUCAAAGCUGGAGAAGAUGAUUGAAAUAAAAAUGAAGAAAUUGAUCAAAUUUCCACCAACAAUCCCAGCAGCAACAGCAGAGGAGCUUCUGCAGAAUUUGCCUUGGCUGAACAAAGACAGCACCCAGAUUCAGUUCAUCAAGACAGUGGCCAAGCUUCUUUUCUUUGACUUUGGAGACACCAUCAUACAAGAAAAUGAUGACCCUCAAGGAAUACACUUGAUUGUCUCUGGCCUGGUUAAGAUGACUGGAGGAAGCCCAAACCUUGGAGGCAAGAGGCCCAAGGAGAAGACCAGACUGACAGACUACAGGAGCUGCGGGGCCAUCAUGGGAGAACUCAACUGUCUCACCCAGCAGUCUAUGGAGAUGACGGUCACCUGUGAGACAGCCACUCAGACCUGCUUCAUUGCUAUUGAAUCCCUGUUUGAGGCGUUUGAUGUUUUCCCCGAGUUCCCGUCUCUGGAGUAUAUGAUCUGGCGCUCCCUGGCAGUGAAAAUCAGCACCAGCACUUUCAUGGAGCACAUUAUCUAUCAGGGCUGGAGUUACCACAGGAUUUGUUCUCAUCUGGCCCGGGCCUAUCUGGUAGACGUGGAGGUGAACAGGAAGUUUGACGUGUACGACGGCACCAUGGAGGACGUGGUGGUGAUCUAUGGGAGUUGUGAUGACCUCGCGUCCCAGUGCUCCUACAACGCCCCAGCUCUCAUCAGCAGGACUACUCACCAGGUACUGGGCACAGCAAACACCACCAAACUGUUGAUUGUGCCAAGUGAGCAUUCUGAAAUGAAGCAGACCGUCUCAGAGCUUCCAAGACAGGACAGUGUUCCCUGUCUGAGACAUGCAGCUCAUAGGAGAGCAUCUAGAGAUGAUCGAUCAGGGCUGCUGAGAACAGUAAGCGUGACGUCUAAGGAGGGUUCUUCAAAGAGAAGUUGUUCAUCACUUGACAAGCCCACGUGAUGAUAGGGUAUGACUGUGCAACUGUUGGCCAUACAGGCCCAGACACAACCUGCCAGGCAACCUGAAUCUGUAAAACUCAUAUAAGCAAAUAUUUUCAAAUGUAUCAUACUGAUUUAAUAUUAAACAUAUUUAUUUCA